CUAUAUCAUAAACGCUAUCAGUCUAUUCAGUUCGUUUUGGGAUUACUCUUUCAUUUUGCUUCAUCCUUAUCCCAAGUCUUCCUGGUGAUCCUUGCUUACCUGAUAUCAACUGUGGAAGAUUUUAGGAUUUUAGUUCAAUGACUCUCCAAUAGACCUAUCCUGAGAAUGUAUUGGUAACGGACACAUCCAUGCGCACAUAGCAUACCGUCACCUCAAGUAGGUAACCGAGAGUAUACCUCGAUGGAAAUUUUUCACGGAACAACUCCGGGUAGAUCCCAUCUCCAUAAAAAGAGCGCUCUCGUCCGGAGAGUUCAUCAGUACCAAAAUUGAUUUUGGACAGACAGGUUUACUAUUCGAUCGCUUAAAACAGUUUGAAAUUCACUUUUUUACGUUCGCCGUUAUUCAUUUCGAUUCACUCAAAUCAAUUCAUCAUGAAAUACCAAAAUGGACAAAUCCGCCACAUCUUGGACCUGUCCAAGGACGAGAAGCGCAAGUUCGCCCAAUCGUUCGACACUAUCAUGUCGGACUGCGACGGAGUUGUUUGGCACUUCACCGGACCGAUUCCCAAUGUGGACAAGGCAUUGCAACUGCUCAAGCAGAAAGGCAAGAAGCUGGCAUUUAUCUCCAACAACGGCAUGCGCACCAUGGAAGAGUAUAAGCAGAAAUUUCUCAAGCUUGGGAUACCUUCCCACGAGCUGGAAAUUGUGCAUCCGGCGUUAACAACAGUUCGGUACCUGAAGGCAAUCAACAUGCAAGAUGCGGUCUACUGUAUUGCAACCGAGGUGUUCAAGGAUUAUUUGCGCAACGAGGGAUACGUGGUUUUGGAUGGGCCCAAGGAGCAGUUCUCGGACGAUAGGGCGGCCGAUUCCGUUCGUGUAUUCACGGAGUACUUUGAAGAAACCGAAAGUCCCAAGGUAGGCGCCGUCAUGAUGGAUUUGGACUGCAACGUUUCGUUGGCUCACCUAAUGCGCGCCAAAUGCUAUCUUCAACGAAAUCCCAACUGUUUGCUGCUUGCCGGUGCUACCGACUAUAUCGUACCUCUGGGAGGUGAUGGUCGUGAUGUGAUGGGACCUGGCUACUUUUUGGAAAUCUUGGAACGAGCAACUGGUCGUGAGGCUUUGGUUCUGGGAAAACCUGGACAAGCCUUAUCGCAGUUCAUUCUGGAACAGUUCAAUGUGACACAACCGAAGAGAACGCUGUUCAUCGGAGAUAUGUUGAUGCAGGACAUGGGAUUCGGAUCGCGGUGUGGAUUCCAGAAGCUACUGCUGCUGAGUGGUGGAACCUCGUUGGAAAUGUUGAUGGCUCACAAUAAGCCGGAGGAGUUACCUGAUUUCUACGCAGACAGCUUUGCCGACUUCAUUCAACUUUACAAGGAUAUUGCGGAAUAAGAUGGAGACAAGAAACUAUGUACAUAUAGUGUUAAAGUAUUACAAUAAGCACGUCACUGUGAUUGAUUAUGGUAAUUGAUGAAGUGGGUUUCUCUUACUAUAAGUUAUGAUUGAGUAUAUUUUAAUGAAUGAUAAUUUAAAGUAAGAUAGGUUCCUACGUAGAUUUAAUUUAUUAUUACAUAC